CCCUGGUUCUGGUUCCAGUUCCAGAUAUUUCUGCAGGGCUCCUGGAGAACUCCAGUUCCUUGGUUUGAGUUUCCCCAGAUGGCCUUGCUCUUUGGGUCCAAUCCCAAGGCGAAAUCCAGUUCCAGGCUUUCUGCUCUCCACCACUGCCCCCAGCUCCUUGGCUCCAUUCCCAGUAAAUGCUGCUCCGGGUUUCCCAUUUGCUUCAUGCCUGGCUCUGUUCCUAUCACACUCCACUUCCGGACUUUCUAUCCUGCCUCCUCCCUUGGCAUUUGCCCAGACUUUACCCUGGUGAAGACUGGUCUGGCACUCUGCACCACUGGGUCCUGCCCUGCAGCCGGGACAGCAACACUCCCCUGCCCUCCCAGCCCCAUGGCAUCUCCUUCAGGCACCCAGCUGCUCUAGGGAGAAAGAGGGAGGGGCCGGAUGCUGCCUCGCUCGCUGCGCCUCCUGCUGGAUGGGGGAGCGGAUGCUGGGGUGACCCUCAGUGCCUUCCGAAGCCUGCUGCCUGGACCAGAGCCGCGACCCCCAACUCUUGAACAGCCCCCCGUGACGUUGUGGGAGGAAACCGAAGAUGGAGUGAUCUUCACCGUGAGUUCUCGUUCACCAGGGGGCGCCAGAGGCAGCGUGGGCUCUGGGGGCGAGGAGGUGGCCGUUUCAGGUCACCCGGCGGCGGGGGUGGUGGUGUCGGGUUCCCCCCCGGGUCAGUCACGGGCCCUGAAGGCUGGAACGCUGCCCCGGCUCGUCCGGCACCUGUUGGAUGCCCCUGCCCUCGGAGACACCUGUUACGUGCCAGCCUUCCUGGCAACUUACCGGACCUUUGCUACCACUCAGGAGGUCUUGGCACUUCUGCUGGAGAGACUUAAGGAGGUUGGAGCGCAUGGCUCAGGCAUCACCCCAGAAACAGCAGAGCUACCGCGGGCACUGGGGUCGUUGCUUUGCUCCUGGCUGGAUGGGUACCCCGUGGACUUUGUGGGGCUGGAGUCCAGCCUGCGGGAGCAGCUGCUCAGCUCCUUGCGCUGGGCCCUCGGGGACGGAUCUGAGGCGGAGAAAAGCCUGGCUGCAGCCUCAAGGGAGCGAGCCCCGGCGGGGGCGAAGGAGGAGCCCGAGGAAGACGAGGGCAUCAUGGACGACGGGGACCCCGACCCUCACUACAUCCUGGGCCUCCAAGCAGAGGAUGUGGCUGCUCACCUCACCCUGCAGGAUGCCGAGCUCUUCUUGCGCCUGGUGCCCCACGAGUGCCUGGGCUCCCUGUGGUCUCAGCGGGACAAGAAGGGCCACGAAGGCGCCUGCCCCACUGUCCGGGCCACGGUGGCCCAGUUCAACCGGGUGGCCAACGCUGUGGUCGCCUCCUGCCUGGGGGACACGGCGCUGAGGGCCACCCAGCGGGCCCGGCUCCUGGAGAAGUGGAUCCGUGUGGCAGAGGAAUGCUUCUCCCUCCGGAACUUCUCCUCGCUCUACGCCGUCAUCUCUGCCCUGCAGUCCAGCCCCCUGCAUCGGCUCAAGAGGACCUGGGAAGAGACGUCCAGGGAUUCUCUCCGCUCCUAUGAGGAGCUCAGCACCAUCUGCUCAGAGGAAGACAACUACAGCCAAAGCCGCCGGCUCCUCUUUCAGGAAGGCUCCCCCAGAGGAGCUGGUGCCGACUCCACCCAGCGGAGGAGUCCGCGGAGCAGGAGAAGAUCGGAGCAGCGCCCAGUGGGCGUGGUCCCGUACCUGGGGACUUUCCUAAAGGACCUGGUGAUGUUGGAUGCAGCGACACGGAACCGGCUCAAGAAUGGAUACAUUAAUUUUGAGAAGCACCGCAAGGAGUUUGAGAUCUUGACCCAGCUGCGCCUCCUGCAGGCCAACUGCCGUAACUACACACUGCAGUCUGACCGAGCCCUCCAGCGGUGGUUGCAGCGCCUGCCCCGUCUCAGUGAGACCCAAAGCUACCAGCAGUCGUGUGCAAUUGAGCCACCUGGCGAGGGAGUGGUCUCCGCGAAACCCAUGAAGCCCACCCUGAUUAUCACCCACUGCGAAGAUCAUUUUUUCCCCUUUUUUUGCAGUCUGCUCAGCUCAGUUGGGAUGAACACGCAGAUUUCCUGGGACAGGCCCAGCUCCCCACAGGCACCCCCAGACCUCCUCCUUCCGUCCUCCUCCUCCUCCUUGCACUCGGCCCAGCACACAAAGUGGCCCUCCGUCUCGGCACUGGACACUGCCCCCGAAAACACCACGCCCGCUUCGCCUGAGGGCCUCGCCCCACCUCCUGCCGCUGGGGGCACUUUUAUUAAGGGACACCGGCGCUCUGCUUCCUGUGGGUCGGCCUAUCCCAGGGCUCCUGCCCCAGGGAGCGCCUUGCCCUCGGAGUGCCGCAUUAUCCGGGUGCGCAUGGAGCUGCAGAAUGGGACCCUCUACAAGAGCAUCCUGGUGACCAGUCAGGACAAGGCUCCUGCUGUGAUUGUGAAGGUGCUGGAGAAACACAACCAGGAUCGGACCCUGGCCCCUAAAUAUGAAUUGGUGCAGCUUCUGCCUGAAGGUCGAGAGUUGGCCUUCCCAGCUACAGCAAAUGUAUUUUAUGCCAUGAACAGCUUAAGUCAGGACUUCAUGCUUCGACCCAAGCGACCGCAGGAGAAAGCACCAGCACCCCCUCCCCGGACCCCCUCCCCACGAGGGAUGGAGAUCAGUGCUACUUUCCCAAAGAUCAAAGCCACUGGACGCAAAAUUGCCAAGGCGCUCUUCUGAGGUGGAGGUGUGUGCUUCAACUACAGAUGGGCAGCGGUGAUUUGGUGGUGGUGCCAUACGUGGACUGAACUGGGAUUGAGUGAUGAUGGAUCCCGAGUUGGCUACUUUUCCUUUGCUGGCAAGAACUGGAAGACUUUGACCAGUUCUGAAGACAGAACUGGAAGACUCUGGUUGCCUGUUUUGGCUGCUGUUUCUGUCCUGGAUGAACACCGAUUUCCUUCGAUGUGCUUGGAACUUUGAGCCAGGAAAAGGAAUCAGAGCUGUGCAGAGGUGUCUGUUUUCAGGGAAGGGGAACCUCUAGCUUGGCUGAGGAGGGCUGUGUUGGACGCACCCAUUUCAUGCUUCAUUUUCUACUUAUGUUUGUCAUGCUCUUCCUGUUCUGCACAGAUGGCCAGCGGCAUCCAAGUUAUGCUCCAAGCCCAAGUGCCUUAAAUGUGUGGCAGCAGUGCAAAAGCAGUACUGCAGUCAUCUUGAGAUACCUUGCUUCCUGCCUGGGCAGGAAGUACACUCCUGCUGGCUGUUAUAUGUUGGAUGACUAUGGGACAUAAAUUAGCUCCGCUCCUUUUUAAUGUUAGUCCUUAUGCAUGUUUCUGUCUUCCACAUAGCUGUGAGGAAACGGAACAAGGAUAUCUUCCAUAUUUUGUGCAUUAAGCUAGCACAAAAAUGGUGUUGGAGGGCAAUGAAAGCAAUUUCUCAGGGAGUCUCUGGUGGCGUCAGAGGCAAACCUGUCCUCUGCAACCCUUUGCCCCAUAUUUUGAGGCAACAGUUGAGGCGUAGAGGAUAAAGCACUUUUACUCAAGGCAUGUAAAUAGGAGCAUCUAUGUGCUUUGCAUCUCAGGACAGCUUUGAUUUAACACUAAUUCCAGAAAGACACUACUGCAAUUGAAGAGGGGUGCAUAUUGAGCCUAUACCCCUGGCCCCAAUUGCAUACCUAAAUUAAUUUUUCCUAGAUGAUGGAAUAGCCCCCACUGCUAUGUACUUGUUCAGCAAGAGUGGAUUCUGGCUGUUCCACACAUGUCAUUAUUCCUCUUCACUGGCAGAUAGUUUGGCCCUCAAUGACUAACUGCUCUAGUGUGUAACCUACCUCCAUCAAAAUGCAGCAUGCGAGAGUUUGAUCUGUGAUGGUCAGUACACACAUUAACUUUCUCUCUAGGGAAGUGAUAAUCUCAGUUCACUGAGAGGUGGAGGUUUCGCUCUUUCUCCUAUAGGCAACGUAUUCUCAUCCAGUGUAAUUUUAGUAUGUCUAAACUCAUGCUUCCCUGCCCCAAGCAGCUUACAGUCUAAAGAUCCACAACACUGAUCUUUCAUGGACCAUGGGGAAGAUCUUCUUCCCCUCCCUCCAUGGCACUGAGUCCUUUGUUCACCACACUCUAGGAAAAUAGUCCAGGUUUUGCAGAGUUCUGGGGGUGGGGGAGAACAAUCAGUACAAAUUAUAAGUGGGGGAAAAUAAUUUCCACUUUAGCAGAGGGUCUAAUUUCUCUUGGAAGCAGGGAGUGGGCAUCAACAGCUGCAGAACAAGAAAAAAAUGCAGCAGGUAAGCUUCCCCCAUCUCUGUGUUCUGGGAAAACUACACCUGAUGAGCUGCUGCCUUCCCCGUUAUUUUUUUUUCCUUUGAGAAGAAAACAAGCUGCAAAGAAUAUUAAAUGUUCGUGUGAACAUGCUCAGCUGUAUACCAGCCCUCUAAAUGAGGGACGACAACCUUUCUGUAAAAAAUAAAACAAAGCUUUGUUCUAUGGA